AUGCAUGCCAACAUCACUACCUUUCUGGAUGAUGAAGACAUUGAAACGGGGGAAGAUCUGAAACCCGAAUUGGGGAGUACAAUUAACUCAUCUAGGGCUUUUGUUAUAGUGUUGUCCAGGAACUAUGCUGCUUCCACAUGGUGUCCUGAUGAACUGGUGUUGAUCCUUGAGCAACAGACAUAUGAAAAUAAAAAAUGUCAAUGGGCUCAAAAGAUUGACCGAUGGAAUAAGGAACUUAUAGAAGUUGUUGAUUUAAAAGGAAAGGAUGCAAAUGGCAGGCUAGAGGUGGAGCUUAUUGAUGAAAUUGUAAACGACAUCUUCCGUAAAUUACAAAUACCGUGAAGGUUUCCACUACCACAAGUUAUUGGGAUGGACGAUUCCAUUAAAUUUGUCACUUCAUGGUUGAAAGAUGCAUCAUCACAUACAGCAAAUAUACUCACUAUUCUGGGUAUGGGAGGGAUCGGGAAGACAUCUUUAGCCAAAUAUGUCUAUGCGUUACAUUUUCAUGAAUUUAACACAAGCAGUUUCAUUGAAA